AUGGUUGUUCCUCAAGCUAAAGUACCGGAUGUUCUACAGCUGUAUCAUAAUGGUUGUUCAGGAGGCUAUCUGGGGAUUAAACGAACUGUAGUGAAGAUCCCAGAACGGUUUUACUGGGUGAACUGUCGUGAUGAUGUCAAGGACUGGUGUCAUCGCAAAGGUAUAAGAUGUGUGGCAGUAAAAGGACCUCAGACUCGUAGUAGAGGUGCAUUGAAAUUGUACAAUGUUGGUGCACCAUGGGAGAGGAUAACCCUUGAUGUUCUGGGGCCAUUUCCGGAAAGUGAAAGUAGUAAAAAGUAUUCCAUGGUAUGUGAUCGAUUACUUCACAAAUUAGGCAGAAGCCUUCGCCAUUUAAAAUGA